AUGAAUUUAGAAAGGAUACCAACCGUUUACCCUACAGAAAAUGAAUUUAAGAAUAUUAUUACUUAUAUCUCGGAGUCUCGUAUAAGAAGAUUGGGAAAGAAAUAUGGUAUGAUUAAAGUUGUACCACCUACAGGAUUUAAGCCACCAUUAUCGUUAGAUCUUUCAAAAUUCAAAUUUAGGGUUAGAAAACAACAAUUGAAUCAGUUGAAUUUAAUCAAUAGAGCAAGAUUGUUUUUCAUUAAACAAAUUAACAAUUAUUUAAAAUUGAAUCAAAUAAAAGUUUGCAAAAAAAAAUAUUUUUUGGUUGAUAAUAAUAAAGAUGAAAAAUUUAAAUUAUAUCUCUAUGAUAUUUACAUUUCAGUACUAAAAUCAUAUAAUCCAUAUAUUACAUGGGAUAAAUUGUUAAUUUUAACCAGGGAUCAUAGAAAUAAAGCUUUAUUGAUCCCUUCAUUAAGAGAAGUUGAAAAAAAUAUCAAGUUAUGGAAAUGUUUAGCAAAACAAUUUGAUAACAUCCCUCUUUCAACUUUAAAAUAUUAUUUUGAUAAAUAUAUCAAGGAUUACUAUUCGUAUAUCCAUUCUCAAUAUCGUCAAAAUUUAUCAACUUUGCAAUAUAAUGACGAUUAUCCGAUAUCUUUGCUUAGUGACAAUGAAGAAAGUGAAUUAGAAAUUACUGAUGAGGAUGGGGAUGAAGAAGGAAAUGCAGAAGAAUGUGUAUUAUGUCAUGAGUACGACCAUAUAGAAGACCUUAUCACAUGUAACUCCUGUAAGAAAUAUUUUCAUAUUGGUUGUAUUAAUGACACAAAAGGUGAAAAACAUAUUGAAAACACAAUACCAUCUUCUAGUCUAGAAAGUUGGAUUUGUAGAAAUUGUGUUAUGGGUAAUGGGUAUUAUGGAUUUCAUAUGGGUAAUCAAUAUUAUUCAUUGAUGACAUUCCUCGAAGUAACAGAUUCGAAGAGAGCUCUCCAUGACGAUAAUGAAGAAUUAUCUAAAUUAGAGAAAGAAUUUUGGCAAUACGUAAAUGAUAUUGAUAAUACAAAAAAUGUAAAAUAUGGUGCAGAUAUUCAUAAUUCUGUGCCUGGUACCAUAUCUGGGUUUCCAACUUCAAAUUAUAUUCCUUCUUCGCAGAAGGAUAAUAUAAAGGAGUAUAUGUCAUAUGCCAUACAUCCGGCAAAUUUAGUUAAUUUACCAAAUUCUAAAGGAUCAUUAUUACCUUUAUUUAAAGAUACAAUAUCUGGAAUGACAAUACCAUGGGUUUAUGUUGGAUCAAAAUUUUCAACUUUUUGUUGGCAUAUGGAGGACCAAUAUACUUUAAGUGCUAAUUAUCAACAUGAGGGUGCAUCAAAAGUUUGGUACAGUAUCCCUGACUCAAGUUGUACCAAAUUCCAAGAUUAUUUGGUCUCAACGACUCCUGAUUUAUUUUUGAGACAACCAGAUCUAAUGCAUCAUUUAACAAGUUUAGUAUCCCCAGAUAUACUUACUCAGAAUGGUAUAACUUGUUAUAAAGCAAUUCAAAAUCCAAAUGAAUACAUAAUUACCUUCCCGAAAUGUUACCAUUCCGGUUUCAAUUCUGGUUAUAACCUUAAUGAAGCUGUAAAUUUUACCGCAGAUUUCUGGUUACCAUAUGGUAUGAGUGCUAUUGACGACUACAAAAUCUCCAAAAAACAAUGUGUUUUUGAAAUGUUUGAUUUACUUAUUACAAUACUUAAGAAUUACUUGGGAGGUAAAUACACAGAUAUGUUUAAUGAAUCACUUGUUAGAGAUUCCUAUGCAAUUUUACUUAACAGGUUUAAUGAGAUGAAUAAAGACCUAUCUAGGAUUAACGAUACUUGGAACUUAAUCCCAACUUUUAUUGACCGAGCUGGGCUCAGGUCUAAUAUGAAAAUGUCAGAAAAUAUGUUAAAAUCUGGAAUAUCAAGCAUCAAGAAUAAUUAUGACUAUGAAGAUGAACAUAAUGAAGAGGCACAAUUAUAUUGUGCUCAUUGUAAGACAAUAUGUUCUUUUGCCUUUGUAGUUCACCAAAAGAAUGGAAUUUUAACAGUGAAAUCUAGGAAAAACCUGAACGCAGACAACUUUCAAAAUUGGGCGAGAUUUGUUACGUACGUCUAUAAGAAAAGGCCAACAACGGACUUUGAUAUUCUCUGUUUACAUGAUUAUCUAGCCAUGGAGGAAUAUGAAACAGGUUCCAUAUCCUCGCAUAAUGAAAAUGACGAGCUUUAUAUCUUGAAAGACAUGGAGCAUAUCAAAAAUCUUCUUUAUGACUCGGGGGACAAGAUAGAUAAAAUGUAA